AUGGCGGUAGCUGUGCGCACUCUGCAAGAACAACUGGAAAAGGCGAAGGAGAAUCUGAAAAAUGUGGAUGAGAACAUCCGCAAACUGACCGGCCGCGACCCGAACGAUACCAGACCUGCACCAGCAAGACGACUGACCAUCACAGGCCCAAAUGCGAUUGGAGGUAGAGGCCGUGGUGGCAUUGUGCUACGGCGUGGACUCUCUGAAGGUGGAGGAGGACCCCCAGCCAAACAGCGGGACUUUGAAGGUGCACUGAGCAGGCUGGGCGGGGAUCGUCGGCAGAGGAGAGAGUCACGCCAGGAAAGCGACGCUGAGGAUGAGGACGAUAAAAAACCGGCGUUGCAAUCCUCAGUUGUUGCUACCUCCAAAGAACGUACACGCCGAGAUCUUAUCCAGGACCAAAAUAUGGAUGAAAAAGGGAAGCAAAGAAAUCGGCGAAUAUUUGGCCUGUUGAUGGGUACCCUUCAAAAGUUUAAACAAGAAUCAAAUGUUGCUUCAGAAAGACAAAAGCGACGUCAAGAAAUUGAGCAAAAACUGGAAGUGCAGGCAGAAGAAGAAAAGAAACAGGUGGAAAAUGAACGCCGAGAGCUUUUUGAAGAAAGGCGUGCCAAGCAAACUGAGCUGCGACUAUUGGAGCAGAAAGUUGAGCUGGCACACCUGCAAGAAGAGUGGAAUGAGCACAAUAUCAAAAUUAUCAAAUAUAUUAGAACAAAAACGAAACCCCACCUGUUCUAUAUACCUGGCAGGAUGUGCCCACCAACACAAAAAUUAUUUGAUGAGUCGCAGAAAAAGUUGAAUGGUAUAUUUGAAAAAAGACGAGUUGAAUUUGCUGAGCAUUUAAACAAAAUGGAAGCUAGGCCUAGGCGCCAUUCCAUGAAAGAAAAAGAUCAAGAAAAGAAGCAAGACGGUGAAAAUGAAGAACAGAAGGAGGAUCGAGAAGAUGGUAAGGUGGCUCGGCAUGAGAGAGUUGAGGAGACAGGUAACCUGUCUAAUGACAUAGAGAUGGAGGACACCUUUGAGGAAGAGAAGGAUGUUGGUGUUAGGGAUGUAGAGAUUGUGCAAGAGACUAGCCUUAUGGAAGAUGGUGAAGAUUCUAAAGUUGAGGAGAAGAUUGAGGAAGAGGGUAGAGUUGUAGUAGAAGAGCCCCAGAUUAGUAAGUGGGAGGAGCAGGAAGCAGAGGUUGAGGAGGAAGUAAAGGAAGAGGAGGAACAUAAAGAUAGUAUGGAUGAGGAUCAUCAGGAGGCAGCAGAUGUCAGUCAGUCAACUGGGUUGGAGUUGGCAGAUGAGACUAACCAAAGUAAGGAAGUAGAAACUGAGGAGAAAGCAGAAGAAGGUUUAGACAAUAAAUUUGAUGAAGCAGAGACAGAUAAAACAAUUGAUCCAGAACCUGACACAGAAACUGAUUCCACAGAAAAGCAUGAGCAGGAAAGAGAGCCAGAUCCAAUGUUCCAGCCACCAGCAGAUUAUGAACCUCAAACAAGGCUGGAAACACACUAUCAUAUUGAAGAGGAGCAGGUGGUGCAAAAAGAGGAAGGUGUAGCAAUAGUUGAGAACACAGAGAUUCAAGUAGAGCAGCCUCAGAUUACCUCAUCAGAACACAAAGCGAAGAGAAGCAGGAGCAGGGGGAGGACGAGGAACAAAGCGGAGAAGAGUAGGAGCCGUAGUAGUAGCAGCAGUAGUUCCAGCAGCAGUUCCAGCUCAAGCAGCAGUGGAAGCAGCUCUAGCAGCAGUAGUAGUCGCAGCAGUUCAAGCAGUAGUAGCAGCAGCAGUGGGAGCAGUAGCAGAGACAGCAGUAGUAGCAGCAGCAGUAGUAGCAGUGAAAGUCGAAGCCGAAGCAGAGUGAGAGGGCAUGUUAGGGACGAGAAACGCAGGAGGAGCACGGAGCGAAAGCGUCGAGAUACAUCAGGAGUAGAAAGGAGUCACAAGUCUUCAAAAGUCAGUAGCAGAGACUCCAAAGGAUCCAAGGACAAAGGCUCAUCAAGGUCUGACCGAAAGAGGACAAAUUCGGAAGGUAGCCGUCAGGCAAGAGACCCUCAAGAAGUGAGAGAGAUCGUAAAUCAGACAGGAAAGACAAAAGGCGUUGACAGAUUCCUUGUUUAUGGACUACAGUUGCUCCAUGGUGCUCCCUUAACAAUAGCAUGGUACUAA